AUGGCUACCGCGAUCAUACAAGUAUUAGAUCGCGAUCGAAAACCGAUCGAAUGUCGGACCCUGAUAGACACGUGUUCGACCGCGAAUUUCAUUACCGACGACCUGGCAACGAGAUUACGGCUUCCAGCGAAAGAAAAUACAACGACGAUUGAAGCGUCGAACCAGUUGAACACAAUCGCGAAUAAACUGGUCUCAACCACAAUCAAAUCGCGACACUCUAAUUAUCAGCGGGAAUUAACGUUCUUUACGAUUCCACGCAUCGCCGGACCAAUCCCGGACGAGCAGAUCGAUCGUUCUCGAAUUACGAUACCGGCGAACAUCAAGCUCGCAGACCCACAAUUCCACCAACCGGCACAGGUGGAUAUGUUAAUCGGCACGGGUCCUACGUUGUCCUCGCUCAGCAUCGGCCAACAUCGACUCUCUCCUCGCAAUGGACCUGAUCUGGUCCUCCAAAAAACACAAUUUGGAUGGAUCAUCGGGGGGAACGUAUCAACAACUGCCACGCGUAAUAAACAGCGAACACUUCUUACCACCCCAACCUUUGACCUUCAAAGGUUUUGGGAGUUGGAAGAGGUUCCCGAAACACGACACCUUUCCUUCGAGGAGCGACAAUGCGAGCAGCAUUUCGAGCAGCAACUCGGCGAAUCUCGAUCGCGCGCCUUGAACCGCCUUUUUCCCCUCGAACGCAGAUUCCAGCGAGAUCCAGAAUUAAAACGUGAAUAUUCAGACGUCAUAAAAGAAUAUCUGGACCUAGGUCACAUGAGUGAAGUAGAACCUCGCGGCACGGAGGGUUUCUACUUGCCCCACCACGCAGUCAUAAAACCGACCAGCACGACGACCAAGAUUCGUGUCGUUUUCGACGGAUCCGCAAGGUCCAGCACCGGAUUAUCAUUAAACGACACGCUUUUAACUGGACCGACGAUUCAAGACGACAUCUUCGCACUCCUAGUCAGGUUUCGAUCGCACACACAUGUCUUGACCGGAGACAUCGAGAAAAUGUAUCGUCAAUUUCUCAUAAGACCCGAAGAUCGUCGGUACCAGCGAAUAUUGUGGCGAGACAACGACGACAAGAUAAAAACCUACGAACUUAACACCGUCACGUUCGGAUUAUCUCCCGCACCGUUCCUCGCCAUCAGGAGCAUUCAACAGUUAGCGGACGACGAAAGAGUUGAGGCUCCAGUCGCGGCAACCGUUCUGCAGCACGACCUAUACGUAGACGAUUUGUUGACCGGAGCGGACACUUACACAGAAGCAAUAAAUCUACGGAAACAAACAAUCAGGCUUCUUAAAUUAGGUGGAUUGCACAUUCGGCAGUGGGCUUCAAACGAACCACGACUUCUAACAGGACUUCCGGAAGCCCAAAUACACACCAAAUAUUUCGGAGACGCAACGGUUAAGACUCUCGGCGUCUCGUGGCACGCGCGCGACGACCACAUCACCUACUCGGUGGAUCCGAAUAUCGAGACAAGAGUAACGAAGCGAACAAUCUUGUCCACCAUCGCGAAGAUAUUCGAUCCUUUAGGUCUGCUGGUACCUGUUAUUACGACUGCGAAGCAACUGAUGCAGCAACUAUGGCAACUGCAAUUGGCCUGGGACGAAUCCUUACCAGCCAGCAUCCACACCGAAUGGACCACCUACGUCAAGGAGUUGCCACUGCUAAAUCGGACAUCAUUCGAGCGACAUGUCUGUCAACGCGCUAUGCACGCCGUAGAAUUGCACGGAUUCUGCGACGCAAGCGAGCGAGCAUAUGGAGCAUGCCUAUACGUCCGGUCAAUCGACGAACUCGGUCAUAUUAAAACGAAGUUGUUAUGCGCAAAGUCUCGCGUCGCCCCCUUGAAGGUCGUCAGCCUCGCAAGAUUAGAGCUGUGCGGAGCCGUACUCCUCGCGUCGUUGGUUUCGACCAUUCAUGAAAUCAACGCAUUCAAUUUCGAUUCCGUGAGGUUAUGGACCGAUUCGACAGUGGUCCUGAGCUGGCUGAGGAAAGAGCCAUGCACGCUAAAAACGUUCGUAGCAAAUCGAGUGUCCGAAAUCCAACAGAAAACGGACAUCGCAGUGUGGCAUCAUGUCCAAUCAGGAGACAAUCCAGCGGAUCUGAUAUCACGAGGACAGUCAUCUGCAGAAUUUUUAAACGAUUCUCUCUGGCGUCACGGACCAGCAUGGCUCGCCAACAACGUCGCGGAUUGGCCCAAGUCACGAUUCAUCAUCACAUCAGAGGUUCCGGAAACCCGUUCGCGCGCAUGUUUCGCGACCACAAUCGUUCGCAGCGAAGAAAUCUUGAAUCGGUAUUCAAACAUCGCCAAAUUGCGAAGAAUCGUCACAUAUUGUCUCCGAUUCAAGAAAGGUUCUCGUCGAGAAGGAACACUAUCUGCCGAAGAAAUCCACUACGCCAACGAACAGAUUUUGAGGAUCGUUUAA